CCCCGGCUGCCUCAGUGUCCGCUCCUGAGAGGGGCAGGGGUGCAGGAGGUGAGAAGUCACAGGGACCCCAGGAGGGCAUGUGGCCGCCCGGGGACACCGGGCCCCUCGGUCAGGAUCAAUCACCCUAAGCCUGUCUGAGGAGCUGCCGGCUUAGGAGCAGCUGUGAAAGCCGCCUUUGUGCCUGAGGAGAAUGAGCCGCCGGAGGACGGGGGGCGCUGGCCCAGGGAACCCCUCGGGCCCUGGCUCCUGAGACAGCACCGCAGGGAGGACCCCCAGGCCUGGCGCCCACUUCAUGCCAUGGGAGCUGCCCAGGGGAAGAAGAAAGCAUACUCUCCUGGGGCCAUAUUUCAUAAUGAAAAUGAGAAGCAGAGACUAAAUGGAUCAGCCUCCAUGUACUCGGAGAUCCAGAGGGAGCGGGCGGACAUCGGAGGCCUGAUGGCCCGGCCGGAAUACAGAGACUGGAACCCGGAGCUCAUCAAGCCCAAGAAGCUGCUGAACCCCGUGAAGGCCUCCCGGAGCCACCAGGAGCUGCACCGAGAGCUGCUCAUGAACCACAGAAGGGGCCUGGGCGUGGACAGCAAGCCGGAGCUGCAGCGUGUCCUGGAGCACCGCCGGCGGAACCAGCUCAUCAAGAAGAAGAAGGAGGAACUGGAGGCCAAGCGCUUGCAGUGCCCCUUUGAGCAGGAGCUCCUGAAACGGCAGCAGAGGCUGAACCAGCUGGAAAAACCACCAGAAAAGGAAGAGGACCAUGCCCCCGAAUUUAUUAAAGUCAGGGAAAACCUGCGGAGAAUCACCACCCUGACCCGUGAAGAGAGAGCGCUUUAGAGCCGGCUGCUGGAGCUCCAGCGCCCCCUGCAGCCCGCCCCUGGUCCGCACACCUUCCUGCAGCCCUGCUGUAGCUGGCAGCCCUGGGCCCCUGGUCUUGACACAUCUGUGAUGUUCAAACUCGCUUCUGUAAAAUGCGUUGUCGCAGAGGGCCGCCCUCCCCCCAGCCCCCUGAAGAUGGGGGCUCCUGAGCUCCCAGCCUUUUCGUUCUGAGUACUCAUCCCUCCUGCUCCAAGAAGAAGCCACUGCUGGGAAAACUUUCACCAGGCACCUCUCCCUGAGGGGGCUUCUGAGCUCUGCCAAGAUUUUUCUGGCAGAGUUGAGAAGGCACAGGGGCCUCUCUGGCUGGACAAGCCAUCCGUUCUGCCCCGGCCCCAUGGGGCCCUGCUUCUCUGGGCAGCCCAGCUCCCAGGUCUCCGAGAACUUCCCUGCCUGGGGUGGUC